UGAGCUUCCUAGAGCAGAUGCCGCAAGAUCCGGUCAGCGGCGUCUAUGGAGAUGGAGAUCUCGGACUCUCGGAGACUGUUUUGGCACCCGGUCUAGAGAUUUGGCAAAAUGAUGUGUGUGUUUCUCUUUGGAACGUUCCCUCCUCCCGGGGGAAGAGAGAUGGUUGCACCGGAGCCCGUUCAGGCCCCACCGUUCUCCUUUGAAGAAGUGGCGGUAUAUUUCACCGAAGAAGAGUGGGCUUUUCUGGACGCCGAGCAGAGAGACCUUUACUGGGAUGUCAUGCAAGAGAACUACGAGAAUGUCGCAUCCCUGGCUGUUCCAAUUCCGAAACCUGAGUUGAUCUCCCGGCUGGAGCGAGGGGAGGAGCCCUGGAUCCCAAAUCCCCAGGUGCUGGAAGACAAGAAGUUCCCUGUAAACAUUUGUGAAGGGAAUGACAUUUCUUUGGCGUCUCCCUCCAUCCCAGCGAGCGAGGUGAUUGUCAGGGAGAUCAAGGAAGAGAUUGCUGAGCCGGACAUCUCGGAUCGGGCGGGACCCCCGUGGACACUGCUGGGGGCUUCCCCAGGGAGCACCCCCAUGGGCUCUGAGCCCCGGUGCGGACUGCAGAGGCAGUGGGAGAUGCAGCCGGGGAACAUGUGGCGAGAGCCCUCCAGGCACGUGCGGGCCGCCAAUUCGAAGCGCAGCAUGUUCCACGUGGGGCGCAAGAAACUCAUGUGCCCGGAGUGCGACCGGUGGUUCCACUGCAAGUCCGAGUUUCUGCUGCACUGGAGGACCCACACGGGGGAGAAGCCGUACGAGUGCCUGGCCUGCGGGAAGCGCUUCAUUCAGAGCUCCCACCUGAGCGCUCACCGGCGCAUCCACACGGGCGAGAAGCCCUACGAGUGCCCCAAGUGCGGGAGGAGCUUCAACCGCCGCUCCACCCUCACCGAGCACCUGCGCAUCCACACGGGGGAGAAGCCGUACAAGUGCCUGCAGUGCGGGGAGAGCUUCCGCUGGCGGCCCUACCUGACCAAGCACCAGAGGGUCCACGUGGGGAACGCCGCCUGCAAGGGUCUGGGGGACGGGGAGGCCAUGUUCGAGGGCCCGUCCCUUGCGAGGCAGCAGGGAGUUCAUGCGGGUGCUGCCAUGGGGAGGGGAAAUGCAGCUGCCAAUCCCCAGCAUGAGUCAGCAGAGCAGCGCGGUGGGGUGACCCCUCCACCUGAAGUGUCUGACACCAGGCAAGGCUCAGCAGGGCGGCCACCGGAGAGGUCGAUAAAAAUGGAAGCGGAGCCCCUCCCCGAAGGGAAUGACAUCACAGACAUCAGCCAGAUCAAGAUCGUUCAGGUAGAGAAGAAGCACACCUGCCACGAGUGUGGCAAAGCCUUCCAGUAUAAGUUCGAAUUGGUGAAGCAUCACCGGACCCACACGGGGGAGAAGCCGUUCGAGUGCCUGGCCUGCGGGAAGCGCUUCUUCCAGAGCACCCACCUCAACGCACACCUGCGCAUCCACACGGGCGAGAAGCCCUACGAGUGCCCCAAGUGCGGGAGGAGCUUCAACCGCCGCUCCACCCUCACCGAGCACCUGCGCAUCCACACGGGGGAGAAGCCGUACAAGUGCCUGCAGUGCGGGGAGAGCUUCCGCUGGCGGCCCUACCUGACCAAGCACCAGAGGGUCCACGUGGGGGAGAACGCUUUCAAGUACUUCGACAACGGCGAAAGCCUCUACGACAGCUCCGCCUUUCCUGAGCAUCAGGAGGGAAUCCAUCCAGAGUUUUUGGUUUCCGCACCCGACCGCAUCUCCCAUAUGGCACCGCAGCAACAGCCUUGGGCACCUGGCCCCCGAUACUCUGAGGAGAGGAGCGGCUGCAAAGGCAAAAAAACAGUUGAGGCAUCUCAGGGACUGUCUGAAAGAGAAGGCCUGGACUCGCCCACAGGCCUCAAUCCCCCUGCGGAUGAAGCAGAAGCUAAUGACUCCUGUGACAGCAUGACAACGGAACACCCGGAAGAAAAUCCACAGCAGAGAGGCCUUGAGGUAGAGGAACUCAACAGCCUGUUACCAGGCAGCUCCGAUGAGGAUGUUUCCCCAAAGUCUGGAGCAGUCUCUAGUAAUGCUCAUAAAUGGUUGGAACAUCCACACAGAGAUGGAACCAAUCAGAUGACUUAAAGUGAGAUCGUUCUGACACACACACCGGCCGCAGCUUCUCAGUUCUUCCUUGAAUGAUGAACCAUUGGAACACCAACAGAUUCCACAUUUGGAAGACGACGGACCCUAAUGUAAACUCCUUUGUGCAGAAGCAAAGAGGAGACUUUCUGAGUUCGAGGGUAUCUUGCAGCAGUCUCUUUAGAAAAGACUUGAAAACUCAACAGUGUUCUUGCUUUCUUUUCCAGUGUUAAUGGCCCCUUGAUCCACCCACGAUGUAUGAAUCAUGGCGGAAAGGAGGGGGUGCCUUCCUUAACUAAAAUAUUAAUAUUUUAAAGUCCACUUCUAUCAUUUUUUAAGAACAAUAAUUUGUAUCGAUUAGUUCCCACACAGAUUUUGUGUUGUCACCCAGGAAUCUGCUAAUAUUAUGAUCUAAGGUCUGAGAAGGUCUUUGUUAUGUUUUAAAACAGUUUAUUAAAAGAGAGGUUGGUUAUUCAGAUUUUGUUACUCAUAAACAUGUUAAGACUUUGCCUAUCCAGUGACUCCACUGCAGAAGCACACCAAUUAAUUUCAUGCCCUGAAUUCCGGCAUCUUGAGAAAUUUGGGCCUAAUGAAUUGCCAGUCCUUAAACCUAUAACGAGGGAGGUUUGGAAUCUGAGACUCCAGAGGACUGUGAUCGAUCAAGAGGUUGAAUUUUCAUUCCCUUGUUAGCUAUUUGGACCUAACCAGAGUAAAUCAAUUAUGCAAAUAUAUGCAAAUAGAUUAAUUUACAUACCAUAGCUAGGUCACAGAAUUCAGCUGCCUUGCUGUACAUUGUUGGUUUAUUAAAGGGGUUCAAAUCAACCUUAGAAAUUCAUCUGAGGCUACGGUGGAAUAUGCACAACAGCACUGCCUUGAACAGUUUCGUGCUUUCCUUUUUUUCAGUUUGCUGACAAACACCCAAUUCUUACAUUCACGUUUUACGUGAUGAGGGCACCUGAUAUGUGGCCUUCUCUCUCUCUCUCUCCCUCUCCGCCCUUCUUUUCUGUGGAACUGCUCACUCAUGGUAUUUCUUUUGUGAAUGUGCUACCCCGUUGCGCAGAGCGGCAAGUGCCGCGUGGUAGAGAACUGUAGCUUUCUGUCAUUUCUCCAAGCAGCAGUUGGUUCUUGGCUCUUGUGCCGUACGGUGCUUCCAGAAGUGCUUGCUAAGCGGCUCUGGCAGCAAAAGUCACCAUGUGGUGAAUUUACCCUGUCAGAAGUGUAUGAAUGGACAGGAGCACCAGGCCUUAAGGUACUUUGCAAUAGUAAAUGAAGUGUAAUAGAUUUUUUUAAAAGAAAAAACUAACAUGGAAUAAUAUAACUCAGCGACAGUUGUAAUGAGGGGUUAAUGUUUGCUUUUUCAGAUUCCCUCAUUUUUGUUGUUAGCUGUGAUGUGUAUGUCUCCUGAUUUUAGAAAUGGUUUAUAAAUAAGUGGUUUUGCAGCAGCCUGUCUUUCCACACACAACACAAAUUGCUGCCUUUUUGAUGCCAAGCUAAAGCUUUUGCAACUAGUUGGCCUUCUUCCCAUGGAAGCGUGAACAGCCCCAACUGGGAUUGGCGCCACAGUGCUUGUGGGGACAGGAAAUAAAGCCCUCCUCCCACCAAUUCCGCCCCCCUCAAAAUUCCAUCCCGUUUGUGGGGGGAGACUUUAAAAGAGUGUCUAUUGGAAUUGGUGGAUACUUUUUUUUCUUUUUUAAACUGCAGCCAUGGGAAGGGUGGAAUUUUGGUGGGAAAUGGGUAGGAGGGAGGGAAGGGUAACUCCCACUCCCGGAGCGCCAUGCUUCCAAUCCGGAUUGGGGCUAUGUGUGUUUGCAUGGAAGUAAGGUAGACUAUCGGUCAGAGCCACAAUGUGUGUGACUAGCAGAAUUUUCUGUUUGUUCUUCAGAUUUUACGGAUUAGAUCCUGAAGCUCGGUUGAGACUUGACAAAUUAUUUGCACCAAGAUUAUCAAUCCUACAGAUUUAUGGUUCUAAUCCCAAUUUUUGCACUGCAAAGAGUUAAGUAUCUCUCUCUUUUUCCUUUAAAAAAACACUUCUGAUAAUUUCAAA